UUGCUUGUGGCUGGAGUGCAAGUCUUUGUCAGUGAAAAUAUGUCAGUCCGAUCCUCAAGACAGUCUGGAUCUGUUAGAGGUCCUACUAGUGUCCAGAUUUCUCAGAUUUCCUCUACAUCUGCCCCAGUUCGCAAAGCUUAUAGCGUGUAUGCAGGAACAGGUGGCCGUACUCUUGCUUCAGGGCCAGCAUAUGGUGGCAGCAUCAUUUCAUCAUCUGUUACUAGUUUGGGGUCUGCAGCAGGUAGUGGCUAUGGGGCUGGUUUUGGCUUUGGUAGUGGUGGUAUUGCUGCUGCAAGUUUUGGUGGUUUGGCUGCAACUAGUUUGGGGUCUGCAGCAGGUGGUGGCUAUGGGGCUGGUUUUGGCUUUGGUAGUGGUGGUAUUGCUGCUGCUGCAAGUUUUGGUGGUUUGGCUGCAACCUUGGCUGGUGCAGAUGAUGGUGGUUUUCUUAAUGGAAAUGAAAAGGCAACCAUGCAAAACCUGAAUGACCGUCUAGCUUCCUACCUGGAUAAGGUGCGUGACCUAGAGAAGGAAAACUUUGAAAUGGAGCAAAAAAUCAAAGAGUACUAUCUGAAGCAAACUCAAGGAGGAGAAAGGAUAGGUCGUGACUAUAGUCACUAUUUCAAAAUAAUCGAAGAACUGAGGGAUAAGCGCAGCUCGUUUUCGCGCUGCUGCGCUACCCGUAAACACUGGAUAUCGGGGGAGGACAAAUAG